AUGGAUACACCACGUCCUUCUCCCUGGCCCCAGGCCACCAAUGAACUUCUUCCGCAUACGUUGUUUAAGCUUGCAGCUCAAUAUCCUUCCGCCACGUAUGCGGAAUUUCCCAUCAAUCCAAAUAAGAUUGAAGAUGGGUAUCGCAAGGUCACUUUCGCCGAAGUAGCGAAUGCUGUCCAUGCAAUGGCGUGGUGGAUAGAAGAGAACGUUGGGAAGUUGAGCGAAGAAGAAAAGACUGGGACACAGACGUUGGUGUACAUUGGACCAAAUGAUAUACGUUAUGCGGUGUUGUGCUUAGGAAGUGUGGUCGCGGGUUACAAGAUGCUCCUCCCAUCACCACGGUAUGGAACCGAGGCGCUGAUCAAAUUGAUCGAGAGUGUCAAUGCAAAAGUUAUGUUAACACCGGAAAUACCAAUACCAGUUGCCGCCGAAGUACUGUCGAAGAAAACUAUGAAGACAGUCCAGAUACUGAGUGUAGAGCAAGUUCUCACAUCGAACCCGGAGCCAUACCCAUACAACAAGACGUUCCAACAGCACUCUCACGAGCCUUUUAUUUGCCUUCAUACAUCCGGUACAACUGGCUUCCCCAAACCCAUUUUCUGGACACACGACUGGACAAACAGCGUAGCACGAACCAUGUCCCUCGGCACACCAUCAGGCUACAGUCUAGAGCAAGAACUUCUCUAUGGAUCAAUGGGAGAAAGAACCAUGCGAGCGAUGUUCCUUUUCCCGCCUUUCCACGCCAGCGGGGUUAUCGGUAUGGUAAUGUUUCCCCUGCAGCUCGGUGUAACACCAUUUUACCCACCGACAUGGACUACGCCAGCUGAGGGCGUGGAGAGUGCUCUGGUAGCGCUAGAUACGAUCGCCAUGCGAGAUCGAGGCGAAGCAGUGGAUUGUGUGACCCUAGUGCCGCCCUGUCUCGAGUAUCUGGGCAAACACCCAGAGACCCUACGCAGACUGAGUCAGAGAACGCGACAAGUAGGCUGGGGCGGCGGCAGCGUCAGCCGCGCAGCGAGUGAACUCGUGGCAGCGCAGGUAUCCGUUCUGAACGUCAUGGCAUCGACGGAACUUGGUAUUUGGCCCAGUAUCCGUCGUAGCGAUAGUGAUCUAUCGCAAACCGCAUACUGGGAGUACACCACAUUUCACCCUGCUCUCAACAUUCACUUCGACCCUGUUUCCUCAUCCACAGAAGGCGUCACGUUGUACGAAGCCGUCAUGAUACGCAACAAUGGAACAGAGCACGAUGGCUACAUUCAACCCAUCUUCUCUAUUUUUCCAGAAGCAAAAGAAAGACGACUUGGCGAUUUGUUCAUACAACACCCUCAGAAUCCAGAGCUGUGGAAACACUACGGUCGUGCGGAUGAUCUUCUUGUUUUCCUCACAAACGAAAAGUUCUUUCCAACGGCAGCAGAACAGAGGAUUGCGAGUCAUGCUGGUGUGGUGGAAGCGGCGAUGGUAGGAACGAGAAGGCCGAGAGCUUCUUUGCUUGUGAGAUUGGAAGAUGGAGUGAGUGUAAGUGAUAUUUGGGAUCUGGUAGAAGAUGUAAACAAAGACUCGCCUGUUUAUGCGCGGGUAGGGAGGGAUAAGAUAUUGGUUGUGGAGGAGCCGUUUCCGAAAACGGCCAAAGGAACGGUGCAGAAGAAGGCUUUGUUAGAUUUGUAUGAGAAGAAGUUGGAUGCUUUAUAUGAAUAUUAG